AUGGUGAGUGUGGCUAGACUGGUGUUUAUGCUGGGGCUGCUGCUGUGUCUGGGAGCCCAGCUGUCUUCCUCCCAGCACUGGUCCCAUGGCUGGUACCCUGGAGGCAAGAGGGAGCUGGACUCAUUUACCACCUCUGAGAUUUCAGAGGAGAUUAAACUCUGUGAGGCAGGAGAAUGCAGCUACCUGAGACCCCAGCGAAGGAACAUCCUUAAAAACGUUAUUUUGGAUGUCCUGGCCAGAGAAUUUCAGAAGAGAAAAUAA